AUGGCGUCUAAAUCCAACCUAGUACCAAUCGUGCCAAGGAUAAGAGGGGAAAUCAUCGCCCAUAGUGUCGUCACCUUCCUCGUGUUGGUAGUCGUAGGCUUUCGACUUCUCGGCCGCGUUCGGGGAAUCGGCCUAGGAUGGGAUGAUGGUUUGGUGGUUCUCGGGACUCUUAUGGCCAUCGCAUUGUUGGCCAUGGAGGGCGUCUGGGCGACUCUAGGUGAGGGCCACGAUUUAAUACCUACGGAGCCAUAUUUCCCACAAUUGAUGGCAAACACUCCUCAGAUUCUCCAGAUGCUCGUCGCCUUCACUUUGGUAUAUCUCCAAGCACUAGGAGCGAUCAAGUGUAGCCUUCUGACCUUCUACCUACGCAUGUUCCCAAGCCGAAAGAUGCAACUCAUCAUCAAGUUUAGCAUUGUGAUGACGCUGGUUUGGCUUGUCGCCCAUGACCUUGCCUUGAUCUUUCUCUGCAAGCCUGUGCAAUACCAGUGGGACCUGACGAUACCUGCUGACCAGAAUCCAACUUGUGGGGACGCACUGAGCCUCUAUACCAGUGUGGUGACUACGAACAUUUUCUCAGACUUCUGGAUCAUGGGCCUACCUAUGUACUCCAUUUGGCACUUGAAAAUGCGGACUGGAGAAAAGAUUGCUCUGACCGUCUGUUUCCUCCUUGGCCUUGGGCGGUACAAGCAGAAGAUGACAUCGUCCCGGCUGAACGAGGGGACCGGUGAUCAAUUCAAGGAUAGCGAGGCCACAGCCGGCUCCAGAAAUAAAUCUGCUGGUAACAAAAUGGGUGGAUCCGCGAGAUCAUAUGGAGCUGCAACCCUAGUUGACGACACAUGGGAAUUGAAUAACUACACACCGGGCGGCGCCAACAACGGCAAGAAGCAAUUAUAUGAAGAUACAGCGGAAUCUCUUGACGACCGUGGUUCAGAGAAGAGAUUAACAUCUCCAAACUUCCCGCCUCCUUCCCAGAUUGCUGUCCGAACUGAUUGGACUGUUUCAAGGGCUUGA